CCUGAUAUUAGAGGACAAUACUAGAUAAUAUGAAAGGAUUAAUUCCUCAAUUUCCUUCUAAGAUUUGUGUACCUAUGAAGAUUAUGUAGUGCUACUCCACCUCGCACUUCUAGUGUUUUUCUAGAAUUUUUGGUCUGCAAAACUAGGUCAAGGGGUUAUUUUCUCACUUCAGAUGUUGAGUGUGGUUAUUUGAUGCUUUUGGGUGUUUAGUGAUGGCUACCUCACAAAUCACAAUUAGCUACCAAUAUCCAAGGAUUACAGUUAUGAGAUGUUUACUGAUUUGUUGAAAGUAGAGUUUGGCUGGUUAUGCUUUCUUUCUUUGGGAUAACUUAUGAGCCAGUUUCUCAAGUUUACUUGGCUGGUGUUUACUAAUGUUUCAGUUUUGGCAGCUUUUCUGUUUCUUCGCCAUCACGGAAAAACUGAUUCUGUCCUGAGUCUUAGCAAAGGUUCCAGGAACAUGGAGAUGGAUGCUUGGAGUUUCCGCUGUGCCAGCUGUCAUUCAGUUUGCCCUUAUGCUUUUAUUGCCCGAGUCUCCACGAUGGCUUUUUAUGAAGGAUGACAAAAAUAAAGCCAUAUCUGUGCUUUCUAAAAUUUAUGACAUAGCUCGGUUAGAAGAUGAAAUUGAACACCUAACUGCUGCAGCAGAAGAAGAAUCCCGGAAGAGUGUGAUCAGAUACUCAGAUGUCUUUAAAAUAAAAGAAAUCAGAAUCGCCUUUCUAGCGGGGGCUGGACUUCUGGCAUUCCAGCAGCUCACUGGCAUCAACACUAUCAUGUACUACAGCCCAACAAUUGUUCAGAUGGCUGGAUUCAGAUCUAAUCAGCUGGCACUUCUUUUGUCUCUGAUUAUAUGGAAGGAGAGGGCGUGGGGCAGCGGAUAUAAUGCCAAUUCAGAGAGCCUUCUUGAGCAGGGAGACCAAUCUUAGGUGCCAUAUAUAUUAGGUUUAAAUAUUGUCUGCUAUAUGUGCUUGAAGAAUGAAGAUGAAUUAGGACGUAUUUUCAUAUUUCAGAGUUUGAGAUCAAAGGAUGCUUUAAAAUAUGUUCGUAUAUUAUGUGGCGUCCAAGGGAUUCUUUUAUUGUAUUCCCUAUGGAGCCGCAGGUUACUAUCCAUUUACUGUUUAGAUCUAUGGACAAAUUUAUCAAAACUAUGUUUGCGAUUGUUGCUUUGGAAAUCUGAUAUUCCACCUGUUAUCUCAAAAAUCUGCUGUGGCAGAAAUGAGGGAUGCUUUUCCCACAUGAGGGAUGUUCUUGGCUGUUACCACAACUGCCUAAGUGAAAGAUUUUCAAUUCUGCAGUUCCAGAGAGGCAGCAUCAAACUGUAAUUUGGGGUUGGCAUAUUAUGAUUUUAUAUUGAAAAACAUCUCUGUAGGAAUAGCUCUCAUUCUGCAGUUCCAGAUGGUGCUGCAUUUGUUAUUGGCUUUUGGAAGACUUCUUGUUGAAGCAAUUUUUAUUAUGGAACAUUGUCUAUAUGAUGAUGUAAUAUACUGUGAGUGCAUUG